AUGAGGAGGCGGAGGGAGGAGGGGGAGGAGAGCGACGAAAGAGGCGUCUCUGGCAUUGCCGGUGAAGGUGGCGGCGGCGGCGGCAAGGAGCGGAUUCAGGUUUCGGUGCGGUUGAGGCCACUGAAUGCCAAGGAACUCGUGAGAAAUGAGCUUUCGGAUUGGGAAUGCAUCAAUGACACCACCAUCAUCUUCAGAAACAGCCUGCCGGAGCGAUCCAUGACUCCCAUUGCCUACAACUUCGGUAAGGGGGACACAUUGCUCACACACUGGUUCCUCAUAUUCUCAACAUCUGAGAAAUAGAUGGCGAAUGACCGCGCAGUUCCUGCGAUCUUUUCGAUCCUGCCCCUUCGUCGCGGGAAAUUCCAGUUUGGAUUUGAGUUCGCAAGCCUGCUGUUCUUUCUUCUUGGGUGAUCUGGUUUCAUUCAUCCUUCAGCGAGGGGCGCAUUCACUGAUGCUCUCCUUCUCCUGUGUCUGGAUCGCAGACAGAGUGUUUCGAUGCGACAGCACAACGAAACAGGUCUACGAGGAGGGAGCCAAGGAAGUUUCCCUAUCCGUCCUCAGCGGCAUAAACGGUGAGCUCCAUUCCCGAUUUAGGUUUCCUCAGAUUUCCCAGCGCUCUUCUCGCCGAGACGAAGCUUAACGAAGGUCCUGCUGUAUCAGCGAGCAUCUUCGCGUACGGGCAGACGAGCAGCGGGAAAACGUAUACCAUGACCGGGAUAACGGAGCUCGCUAUGGGUGACAUCUAUGACUACAUACAGAGGGUAAGAAAAAAUCUGUUCUAGAUUCAGCUUUGCUUGCAUCGUUGAUUCCUCUGGUCAGUGACCGCCAUCUCUGCAUCGUCGGCGGAGAGCGCCUUCUUCAGCACCAGGAAAGAGCCUUUGUACUGAAAUUCUCUGCAAUCGAGAUAUAUAAUGAAGCUGUCAAGGAUCUGCUAGGAACGGAAAGCGUUCCUCUCAGGCUUCUUGAUGAUCCUUAUGUGAGUGACUUCAUACCGAAUGCCGAGUUCUCCUCGCUCUAAAGAAAAGGAUCUUAAUUGAUCGUAUGUCCUGCAGAGAGGGACUGUCAUCGAAAAGCUUACAGAGGAGACACUGAGGAACUGGGCUCACAUGAAAGAGCUUCUGUCGAUAUGUGAAGGUCGCAUACAUCUUCUGCAUUUCUUUCCCUCUCAAUCCUCGAUCUUCCUUCAUAUUUUGACUGAUAUCGCGUUCGUGGUAUCAGUUCAGAGGCAGAUAGGGGAGACGUUGUUGAAUGAGACGAGCUCCCGAUCUCACCAAAUCCUCAGACUGGUGAGUGAUUUUUAGCUUUAAAAGGAUGAUCCUAGAUUUUCUGUGACGAUGGGUUGCUUCAUCAGACCGUUGAAAGCUCUGCUCGAGAAUCCGUGGGAGAGGACCAUUCGAGUGCUCUCUCCGCCAGCCUGGUACGAAGAAAUUUCUAGUUCUGUUAUUCUUCUGCAGAGAUUUUCAGGUGCCUCUGGUCUACUCGUGAACAGGACUUCGUUGACCUUGCCGGGAGUGAACGCGCAUCUCAGGCUCUGUCGGCCGGCGUGAGGUUGAAGGAAGGCUGUCACAUAAACCGCAGCUUGCUGACCUUGGGCUCCGUCAUCCGCAAGCUAAGGUAUGAUCAAGGGAAGUAGUGUUCACCAUAAAAUCGAAUGGCAGGGUUCACUCACUUCAGCAUGCUUCAUUCACUUCAGUGAUGAAAAAAAAUGGCGAUGGGUCUUCUGGAGGCUCCAUGGGAGGCACCCUGAGAACCGGAGGAACGCUCAUGUCUAACAAAUUUAUGUUGUUAUUAUUGUUCUUGUUCUUGGGAGCAGCCAGGGAAGAAAUGGGCACAUCCCAUACCGAGAUUCCAAGUUGACCCGCAUUCUUCAACCUUCGUUGGGAGGAAAUGCCAGGACGGCGAUCAUCUGCACCUUGAGCCCUGCGCGAGGCCACGUUGAGCAGUCCAAGAACACCCUGUUGUUCGCAGGCUGCGCUAAGGAGGUGGUGACCAACGCAAAGGUCAACGUCGUCAUGUCCGACAAAGCAUUAGUGAAGCAUUUGCAGAGAGAACUGGCCAGAUUGGAGGGUGAGCUCAGAUGCCCGCGAACAGCCUCAAGCAUGUCUCAGGCUGAGACAUUGUUGAAGGAGAAAGAUGCCCAGAUAGAGAAGGUGACUAUGAAAUGAUGGUUUUCUCGUUUGGUUGAUGCCGAUCCAUGGGAUAUCCUUCAUUUCUUCCUUCUCGUUGAUACCUGUCAGUAGCUCAUGGCCGAGAUCUUGAGUAUGGGAGAUGAAAUCAUGAUUUGCUUUGUCUGCAAGAUGCUGGUUCAUGGCGUUCAUACUAUUUCCUCCUCUCUGCAGAUGGGGAGAGAGAUCAAAGAGCUCACUCGGCAACGCGACCUCGCCCAGUCUCGCCUAGAAGAUCUGCUAACAGCGGCAGCUGAGGAUCGAGGACCGAGGCGAUGGGUGCUCAUCAUCCUGCCGCGAAACACUUAAAUCCCUCUUCUGCUUCUUCUAUAAUAAAGAUCCUUUUUUUCUGCCUUCGUUUCAGGAGCCCUGUUCAUGCGACCCCUCAGGCGCAUCUCAGGAUCUCUCCAGCAGUAUUUGCAGCGGGAAUCAUCACCAGGGCUCGUACCGGGAAGUUCACUGUGUCGAGCAAGACGAUUGGAGGAGAAGAAACAGAGGUGACGACGAGUCCGGUGAAGCUCUGAACUAUCGCGAGAGUGGCCAUGAAGAUCAAGAAUCAGUAACAGGGCAGCAGGAAGCUCCUCAUAGUUUUGACCGGAGCCGCCCCCAUGAUUCACCUCCGUUGACCCUGGUGCGAUCUCCACCCUAUCUCGAGCGAGACGACCACACACCGCCGAGUGAUUCCCUCGGUGGGUUCCCGGGAAGACCUGAGAAAUUCCAGGUUGGGCUUCUUCCAUUCAUCCAUGGCCGCCCUGAGCUCGAGCCCUCGGAGAGGUCCCUCGACGAGCACGAAGCAGAGGGGAACAUGGCGGCAGACGCGGAGCAGGACAUGGCGAGCAUCCGCGCCUUCGCGGACGGGUUGAAGGAGAUGGCUCAGGCGCAGGUAAGAAGGAACUCCAUGGACGCCGCGAAGAAGAAGAAGAACAGCAAUCUCUUCCUGCCCGCUGAUUUCCGCGGCUGGAUGGCGCAGGCGGCGGAGGGGACUGCUGCUGAGGAGACUCCGACGGAGAAGCCGUGGAGGAAUCCCCCGGCAUCGCCAUCGAGCUCGCCGCGAGAGGAACUCGAGAAGAAGCGGCGGGAAAUCGUCGAGCUCUGGCACGCCUGCGACAUCCCCUUGCUCCAUCGCACCUUCUUCUUCCUCCUCUUCAAAGGAGACCCUGGAGACUCUGCGUACAUGGAGGUGGAGUGGAGACGGCUCUCAUCCCUCCGGCGAGCGUCGGCGCAAGGAAAUCUGUACCAGCCGGUGCCGGAAGAUAUCCGGCCAUCGUCGAGGUAGAAUCCCCCCUCUGCUCUUCCCAAGUUUCAGAGAUCAUCUUCCCCUCUGAUUGAUCUUUUCCUCGCCGGACGGCGGCGCCGCCAGUGCGAGAGCUCUUCGGCGGGAGAGGGGAAUGCUGCGCCGGCGGAUGCAGAGGAGGCUGUCGCCGGAGGAGAGGGAAGGUCUGUACCGAGAAUGGGGGAUUCCAGCGGAGUCGAAGCGGCGGAAGGCCCGACUGGUUCGCCUGCUGUGGAGCGAUCCGGGGAACAUGGAGCUCACCGAAGAGAGCGCCUCCAUCAUCGCGAAGCUCGUCGGUCUCCCGGAGCCCGAUGAAGCUCUCAAGGAGGCCCUGGGGCUCCAGUUCCUGCCGCAGAGGCCUCGCCGGAGAUCGCAGAAUGGUUGGAGGAAACGGGAUGCUGUCUCUGAUCUGAGCCGCGUCUUGUCGUCGGGUUGA